UUCAGACUAUUCUUUCUAUUCGCCCAAUUAAGAAUUGUAAUUCAUCUAUAGACUCUCCAAUGGCAGCUACAGACCAAUUCCUAUCUCAGAUUUUUUUUCCUAUCUAUCUUCUUCUCUGUGUUUUGUCGUCAAUGAGCUCCAUCGUCAUCGGCUGGGUAAUCGUCGUUGCUGUCGCACACCACCGUGAAGUCGCCGUCGCUUGGGUAACCGAUAGUCGGAAGAAUCACGAUUAAGAAUCUGAGGAGAUGGGUUUUCACAGAUUGCUGCUAUCGAGAAUUUACGGGCGGAGUUGAUCUUAGAGGCUAGCUAAAUGGCUACUGCUGGGGAGAUUACUGCUGCCGAGUUCCUGCGAGGUGGGCGUACGCAGAAUUUGUUUUUGCAGAGCUAUUCUCACUGUAAACGACGUGGGUUGUUGGGGAUACUGCCCACUUUAUCUGUGGGAUCACUUCAUUCAAGCACAAGAUAUACCCGUUUGAGAUGUCGUGCAUCGAGCAAACCCAGAGCUGUGGACUGUAAGGUAGUUGCAAGUCCAGUAGAUGAAGCCACAAGCUUGGUUGAGAAGCCCACAACAGAGGUUAUUCAUUUCUUCCGAGUUCCUUUGAUUCAAGAGAGUGCCACUUCUGAGCUUCUCAAGUCUGUCCAAGCAAAGAUUUCAAAUCAGAUUAUUGGUUUGCAAACUGAGCAGUGUUUUAACAUUGGGAUUCAAUCUGAGAUUUCAAAUGAUAAGCUAUCUGUGCUUAGAUGGCUUCUUCAGGAAACUUAUGAGCCUGAGAAUUUGGGAACUGAGAGCUUUCUUGAGAAGAAGCAGCGGCAAGGACUGGAUUCUGUUAUAAUUGAGGUUGGACCCCGUUUGUCUUUUACCACAGCUUGGUCCUCUAAUGCCGUGUCAAUCUGCCAGGCAUGUGGAUUAACAGAGGUGUCACGAAUGGAACGUUCCAGGAGGUAUUUAUUGUAUAGUAAAGGUGCAUUAGAAGAUCAUCAGAUUAAUGAGUUUUCUGCAAUGGUUUAUGAUCGGAUGACCGAAUGUGUUUAUGUUCAGAUGCUUAGGUCGUUUGAGACUAGUGUGAGACCUGAAGAGUUUCGAUUUGUGCCCGUUUUAGAGCGAGGCCGGAAGGCACUAGAGGAGAUUAAUCAGGAGAUGGGAUUAGCAUUUGAUGAACAAGAUCUUCAAUACUACACCAAACUUUUCAGUGAGGAAAUAAAGCGAAAUCCAACAACGGUGGAGUUGUUUGAUAUUGCUCAAUCCAAUAGUGAGCAUAGUAGGCAUUGGUUUUUUACUGGAAAGCUUGUUAUAGAUGGAAAGCCUAUGAGCCAAACGCUUAUGCAGAUUGUGAAGAGCACCUUGAAGGCAAAUCCUAACAAUUCAGUGAUUGGAUUUAAGGAUAAUUCAAGUGCAAUUCGAGGAUUCUUGGCUAAUCAGUUGCGACCUGUUUAUCCUGGUUCUACGAGCCCUUUAGAAGAAAGUAGUCGUGAUCUCGAUAUUUUAUUUACAGCUGAGACCCAUAAUUUUCCAUGUGCAGUGGCUCCCUAUCCUGGUGCAGAAACUGGUGUAGGAGGACGGAUAAGGGAUACUCAUGCCACUGGGAAGGGGUCUUUUGUUGUGGCAUCUACAGCUGGUUAUUGUGUAGGGAAUCUCAAUAUGGAGGGGUCCUAUUCCCCAUGGGAAGAUUCAUCUUUUGCCUACCCGUCAAACUUGGCUUCGCCUUUGAAGAUCUUGAUUGAUGCAAGUAAUGGUGCAUCUGACUAUGGCAACAAAUUUGGGGAGCCAUUGAUUCAAGGCUAUACUAGAACAUUUGGAAUGAGACUGCCAAGUGGUGAAAGACGAGAGUGGUUGAAGCCAAUCAUGUUCAGUGGAGCAAUUGGCCAGAUUGAUCAUAUUCACAUCUCAAAGGAAGAGCCUGACAUUGGAAUGUUGGUUGUGAAAAUUGGAGGUCCUGCUUAUCGCAUUGGUAUGGGAGGUGGGGCUGCAUCAAGCAUGGUUAGUGGUCAGAAUGAUGCGGAACUUGAUUUUAAUGCUGUGCAGCGUGGAGAUGCUGAGAUGGCACAAAAACUUUAUCGUGUUGUUCGUGCUUGUGUUGAAAUGGGGGAAAAUAACCCAAUUAUUAGUAUUCAUGACCAAGGAGCUGGUGGAAAUUGUAAUGUUGUGAAGGAAAUUAUAUAUCCAAAAGGAGCUGAAAUUGAUAUUCGAGCAAUUGUUGUCGGCGACCAUACAAUGUCUGUGUUGGAGAUUUGGGGUGCAGAAUACCAAGAACAAGAUGCUAUUUUAGUUAAGCCUGAAUGUCGGAGCUUGUUACAGUCAAUUUGUGAUAGAGAGAGGUUAUCAAUGGCUGUAAUUGGAGUAAUUAGUGGUCAUGGUCGUUGUGUUUUAGUUGAUAGUGUUGCCACUCAAAAAUGCAUUUCAAACGGACUUCCUCCACCUCCUCCUGCUGUGGAUCUUGAGCUCGAGAAAGUACUUGGAGACAUGCCUCAGAAAACCUUUGAAUUCCAACGAGUUGUUCAUGCUUUGGAGCCACUUGAUAUUGCUCCUGGAGUGACAGUGGCAGAUUCUCUUAAGAGAGUGUUAAGGCUUCCAUCAGUAUGUUCAAAACGAUUUUUGACUACAAAAGUAGAUAGAUGUGUAACUGGUCUUGUAGCUCAGCAACAAACUGUAGGUCCAUUGCAGAUUACCCUUGCAGAUGUUGGAGUUAUUGCACAAGCUUAUUCGGGCUUGACUGGAGGUGCAUGUGCAAUAGGGGAACAACCCAUAAAAGGCCUACUUGAUCCCAAAGCAAUGGCUAGAUUGGCGGUUGGAGAAGCACUCACUAAUCUUGUUUGGGCUAAAAUUUCUCGUCUUUCUGAUGUUAAAGCAAGUGGAAAUUGGAUGUAUGCUGCUAAGCUUGAUGGGGAAGGGGCAGCCAUGUAUGAUGCAGCUGUGGCUCUUUCAGAGGCUAUGAUUGAACUUGGCAUAGCUAUUGAUGGAGGUAAAGAUAGCCUGUCGAUGGCAGCCCAAGCUGGUGGAGAGGUGGUCAAGGCUCCUGGAAAUCUUGUAAUUAGUGCUUAUGUUACUUGUCCUGAUAUAACAAAAACUGUUACUCCUGAUUUAAAGUUAGGGGAUGAUGGUGUAAUCCUUCAUAUUGAUUUGGGAAAGGGAGAGCGGCGAUUGGGUGGAUCAGCUCUUGCUCAGGCUUUUGACCAAAUUGGGGAUGUGUGUCCUGAUCUCAAUGACGUUCCUUACUUCAAAAGAGUUUUUGAGAGCAUUCAAGACCUCCUAGCUAAAGAGUUAAUCUCUGCUGGUCAUGAUAUUAGUGAUGGUGGCUUGCUGGUAUCUGCCUUAGAGAUGGCAUUUGCUGGAAAUUGUGGCAUUAGCUUGGACUUGACAUCACGUGGGAAGAGUUUGUUCCAAACACUCUAUGCAGAAGAGCUAGGACUUGUACUUGAGGUAAGCAAGGAGAAUUUGGCCGUGGUAAUGGGUGAGUUAACUUCUGCAGGUGUUACUGCUGAUAUCAUUGGACAAGUAACCGCUGCUCCUACCAUUGAAGUCAAGGUUGAUGAAGUAUCUCACCUGAAUGAGGAAACUUCUGUGCUUAGAGAUGUAUGGGAGGCAACUAGUUUUGAGCUGGAGAAAUUGCAAAGAUUGGCUUCUUGUGUUGAAUCAGAAAAGGAGGGAUUGAAAUCUAGGCAUGAACCUUUGUGGGAAUUAUCUUUUGUUCCUUCUUCUACAGAUGAGAAGUAUUUGUCUUCAACUUCUAAACCCAAGGUAGCUGUAAUUCGGGAGGAAGGGAGCAAUGGAGACCGGGAAAUGUCUGCUGCUUUUUAUGCUGCUGGUUUUGAACCAUGGGAUGUGGCAAUGUCCGAUCUUUUGAAUGGAAAAAUCACUUUACAGCAGUUCCGUGGAAUAGUAUUUGUUGGAGGUUUUAGUUAUGCAGACGUGCUUGAUUCUGCAAAAGGUUGGUCUGCUUCAAUCCGUUUCAAUCAGCCCCUUUUGAAUCAAUUUCAAGAGUUCUAUAAACGACCCGACACUUUCAGCCUUGGAGUUUGCAAUGGGUGUCAGCUCAUGGCUCUCUUAGGGUGGGUUCCAGGCCCUCAAGUUGGUGGUGUGCAUGGGGUUGGUGGGGAUCCAUCGCAACCAAGGUUCAUUCACAAUGAAUCAGGACGGUUUGAGUGUCGUUUCACAAGUGUGACCAUAAAGGAUUCUCCAGCUAUAAUGCUUAAGGGAAUGGAAGGCAGUACUUUGGGUGUGUGGUCUGCCCAUGGUGAGGGGAGAGCAUACUUCCCUGAUGAUGGCAUUCUCGACCGUCUUCUCCACUCUGACUUGGCUCCACUAAGAUACUGUGAUGACGAUGGGAAUCCAACCGAAGUUUACCCUUUCAAUCUAAAUGGAUCUCCUUUGGGAAUUGCAGCAAUUUGUUCUCCUGAUGGUAGGCACCUUGCUAUGAUGCCUCAUCCAGAACGUUGCUUCAUGAUGUGGCAGUUUCCCUGGUAUCCAAAGCAGUGGAAUGUGAGCAAAGGAGGUCCUAGCCCAUGGUUGCGGAUGUUUCAAAAUGCUCGAGAGUGGUGCUCUGAGAAGGCUUAAUCUAUCAAUGAGACAGAUUUUUAAUGUAUUUGACAAUAAAUUUUGGGACUUGUGGAUUGCCCUCUCUACCAAUAAUAUUUGGAUGUUUGGCAUUUCACAUGCCAAUUUCAAAGUUGUCUUUUCUCUAACUUUAGUGAAUUCUGUUAAUGGACAAUUUUGUGAUCAAUAUACCAAACAUCUUACUGAUA